CCCGCUGCUCCAGUGCGCGAGGAAGGGGAAGGUCUUGUUUAUUAUUAUUUAAUUUGGGGGGAAAAAAUAUUCUGACCUGAGAGAAGCUUCCCGUGCAGUCGUGGCUCGCCUGUGCUCUGACUGGGACCCAAAGGGCAGGAGUCAUGUGGCUGGAAAUACUCCUCGCCUCAGUGCUGGGCUUUGUCAUCUACUGGUUCGUCUCCAAGGACAAGGAGGAGACUUUGCCCCUUGAAGAUGGAUGGUGGGGGCCUGGGGUGAGGCCCACAGCUGGGGAGGAUAAGAGCAUCCGCCCAUUCAAGGUGGAAACAUCAGAUGAGGAGAUCAACGACUUACAUCAGAGGAUUGACAGGGUCCGUUUAACUCCACCUUUGGAGGACAGUCGUUUCCACUAUGGUUUCAACUCCAACUAUUUGAAGAAAAUCAUCUCCUACUGGAGGAAUGAAUUUGACUGGAGGAAGCAGGUGGAGAUUCUCAACAAAUACCCUCACUUCAAAACUAAGAUUGAAGGGCUGGACAUCCACUUCAUCCAUGUGAAGCCCCCCAACCUCCCCUCCGGCCAAACCCCAAAGCCCUUGCUGAUGGUGCACGGCUGGCCUGGCUCCUUCUACGAGUUUUAUAAGAUCAUCCCGCUCCUGACUGACCCCAAGAACCACGGCCUGAGUGAUGAGCAUGUUUUUGAAGUCAUCUGUCCAUCCAUUCCUGGCUACGGCUUCUCCGAGGCAUCCUCCAAGAAGGGCUUCAACUCAGUGGCCACUGCCAGGAUCUUUUAUAAGCUGAUGCUGCGGUUGGGCUUCCAGAAAUUCUAUAUUCAAGGCGGGGACUGGGGGGCCCUGAUCUGCACCAACAUAGCCCAGCUGGUGCCCAGCCACAUCAAGGGCCUGCACUUGAACAUGGCUUUGAUUUUAAGAAAUUUCUACACCCUGACCCUUCCUCUGGGACGGUGUUUCGGGGGGCUUUUCGGUUAUACCGAGAGAGACAUGGAGCUGAUAUACCCCUUUAAGAAGAUCUUCUUCAGCUUACUGAGGGAGAGCGGCUACAUGCACAUCCAGAGUACCAAGCCGGACACUGUGGGCUGUGCUCUGAAUGACUCUCCUGUGGGACUGGCUGCCUAUAUUCUAGAGAAGUUUUCUACCUGGACCAAUUCAGAAUUCCGAGACUUGGAGGAUGGAGGCCUAGAGAGGAAGUUCUCCCUGGACGACCUGCUGACGGGCAUCAUGCUCUACUGGACAACGGGCACCAUCACCUCCUCCCAGCGCUUCUACAAGGAGAACCUGGCGCAGGUCAAUAAGCAUGAGACGCUGAAGGUGUACGUGCCCACGGGCUUUGCUGCCUUCCCCUGUGAGCUGAUACACUCUCCAGAAAAGUGGGUGAAGACCAAGUACCCGAAACUCAUCUCUUAUUCCUACAUGCCCCGUGGGGGCCACUUUGCCGCCUUUGAGGAGCCAGAGCUGCUCGCCCAGGACAUCCGCAAGUUUGUGGGGCUGCAGGAGCGGCAGUGACCCCGGCGGGACCUGGCUGUCACCUCCCCAGCAGCCCCUGCCCUAGCAUGGCAGGCUCCCUCCUGACACCCGCCCUUUUACAGAGAAGUCCCUGGUCUCCCAGCCCAGCUCCCAGUAGCAGUGGGGCUGGCAAGGAGCCCACUCCCCAUCUCUGGUCCUCUGUGGGGAGAGAUGCCCCUGUCCUCAGGAAUGUGUUUGCUGCCGUCCCCUGCCCAUGCUGGGACCCCAGGCUCACCCUUCCACGCAAAUUCCCCACGCACUUGCUAAGCAACAUGGCUUUGAUGAUAAAUGAUUUUUCUUCUAA